AUUUUAUUGUAUUAAAAUUAUAUAUGUAUAUAAAAUGUUCACAGUCGAAGGAAAAUUCUUUUAAUGGAUUCAAAAUAGGAAAAAUUGAUAGUUUCUUGUUAUUGAGAAAGUUCGUCACUUUAAAAUCGAAACACAAAUAACGUAAGUUUUUCGUCUGCUAAACGUAGUAUUUUGGUGCUACAGAUGACGUUAAGAAGAAAAACUGUUCUGCGAAUUUUGGUGCGUUCGAUUCAUUUUAUGAUCAGAAAUUCAAAAGUAUUAGAUCGAAGUAAGGUCAGAUGCGUGACAUAAUUUUUUAGCUUCUAAAGUUUAUCAUCCGUGAAAGGGAUUAUGUCCAUUUAGAGGAUAUGUUGUAUUAAAAUGUGUGUCAGAGAGUUUUACCGUGUUUCGGGUCUCUCUGUUAUUUCAACCAGGAAAUAAUAGGUUUAAUAUCUUUAUUUUUUCCUAAGGCUUUUUAUUUCAAGUCUAUAUAUUUCCUCAUGAGGAAUAAUAAAACGGAAGUAUCAUGGCAGCAUUUGUACAUUCCAAUCAACCUUCGGAAGAAAUAUGUUUAAAUUACACAAAGGAAAAUAAACUUGAAGAAUUUUUACAUGAUGUUCCUACAGAUCUAGCUGACACAACUGAAAUAUCUGAUAUAGUUACUUUUGAUGAAAAAGAAACUCCAAAGCCUGCUGUAGCUGAAGAUAUUUCAGAAAAAUUAGCUGUUGAAAAUAUUAUUAAUCCAGGAGAACUUACUUUUACUAAGAAUAUUAAUGUACGAGAAGUGCAUGAAACAUCUCCUUUCAAGCAAGCUGUAAAAGGUUUUGUUUUAAAUAAACUUAGCAAAAAAGUUGGAUCAUCUCAUUUACUCUCAGGUAUUACUGAAAAAAUUGUUAAAAAAUUAGAGGAAGGAAAAGAAAAUGUUGCAAAUGGAGCUCAAGCUCUCUCUGGGGAAAAAAAUCGUGUAAAAGAAUCAAGUAUUGAAGUUAUUAAGGAUCCAGUUCCUUGUGAAUUAAAAUCUGUUGUAGCUAAUGACAUAUCAGAAAUAUCUACUGUAGAAGAAGCUAUAGAAUGUUUUGAAGAAUCAAAAACUUUGUUAAAUAUCCCCGAAGAUAGUAAAAAAUUACAUGUAAAGCCAAAGAUUGUAAGCAGAAGUUUGCCUUCCAGUCCUGCUCGUUAUUUUAGUCGUAAGGGCUCUAUGGAGAUUGAUCAUUCAUCAGAUAGUGAAGAAAAAAGUUCUAUAUCUGAGUCUAACAAUAUAUCUACUUUUUCUAGCAAAAUAUUUUCGAAUUUAGAUCUAGAAACUACAAAUUUAAAUACUGAGAAUGGCAUUGAGCUUAGUACUAUGAGUGUUGAACAUUCAGAAGAAAAAGGGAUUUAUUCACCAAAUCCCAAACCUAUGGAAUAUUUUAAAAAUGCUUAUAUGGGAGAGAAAGAUACAGCUAAAAAUUUGUUUUCAGUGCACAAGUACCAUCAUACAUUCCUAGCUUUAAAAAACUUGCUUGCUCAACUUCCUUUAUCACAUGGUUUUCUUUUGUUGUCAAUAAUUGUACACAAUUCAAAAACUUUUUCUUCAUAUUACUUAGAUUAUAUUUUUGAUGGUUUUAUUGCAGCAUAUGUGAUAUAUACUCUUUUAUGUAUUGUAAUACAAAUUCCAACAGAGAAAUUACCACCACAUGUUACAUAUGAUGACACACAGCUGGAAAUGACAUCUAUCCAUCAAAGUGUAGCUGACAAAACUAUGAAGGGUUCUGUUAAAAUUUUAAAGGGAGAUUAUGAUCCUGAUGAACAAAGGCAGCAUAUGGCAGAAUUAGUCAAUAUCUGUAUAGAAAAUCAGUGUCUUAAAAUAUCUCGUAUUCCAAAAAAUAAUGAAUGUGAUGAAAAUGCAACCACUCCAUUUGAAAUUUAUGAUCUGUCUGGAGCAGAUAUUUCUUUAGUACCUAAAGACUUAUCUAAAAGAAGAGCAUUCCGUAAGAAGUUUCCAAUUUGUAUCAAGCUACCUCUUUCAUCCAAAAAUUAUCAAACUAUUAAUGAUUCUUAUGAUAUGGACCAAGAAGGAAGAUGCGAUUAUGUUUCUUUGUUUCCUUAUCAAGAUGGCCUUAUUGAAACACCAAAAAGACAGGCACUUUACAUUUUUGCUUUGACUGACAGAGAAAAAGAAACAUGGUUUUAUGCUUUAAAAAAGUGCAUUGUCUUAGAAGAAUUGAAUGCUACUGAAUACUCAACUCUUUACUCAAGCUCUCCAAAAUUAGAUAUGACUUCCAUUAGCUAUUCAUCUUUGAUGGAAAUAAACUCUGAAGAAACUCUGUCAGUGACUGAGGAUAGUUCAGGAAUAAGUGCUGAAUUGAACUUUAUUCAAAGCAAAACAAAGCCAACACUUGAAUUUGAAGAUUAUGUAAAAACACUUUUUGAAAACUAUUUCAGAGAUAUAAAUACUUCUGAACAUUCCUGGAAACCUGAAAUUUUCUCUGAUGCAAACCGAAAGAAAGAUAUUAGUUCAACAGUUCGUCAUGUUGAAUGGGUAAAUGUGGCUCUUGGUCGUCUUUUUUAUGAUUUCUUAACUCAGAAGUACUGGUCAGAAAGAAUCAUGGAAAAAAUUCAGAAAAAAUUAAAUAAUUUAGAAAUGCCAUCUUUUGUUGAAACUUUGGAAGUUACUGAUGUUUUUAUGGGAACUUGCAUACCUCAGCUUCAUUCAGUUUCAAAUGUAGUUGUUGAUGAAUUUGGAAUUUGGCUGGAUUUUGACUUUACUUACAAUGGCUCUUUUCAAAUGACUCUGCAAACUAAGUUGAAAAUGCCUAAAACUAAACAUCAAAUGCAAAGUGAUGAACAUCCUGAUAAUUCUGAUCUAAAACAAAGUGCUGAAGUAAAUGAAUCGUCUGAUGAUGAUGGAAAGUCACCAAAGCAAAAUAAGCUAAUUAAUAAACUUGAAAAGUGGAUAUCACAUAAGCAUUUUCAAACAGUGGCUCAAAGCAGAUUUGUAAAGAAAUAUGUUGGAGACAUAUCAAAUAUGCUUCUUACUUUGACAGUGGAAGUUAAUUUAUUGCAAGGAAUUUUAGCUGUUAACAUACCACCUGUUCCUACAGACCGAGUUUGGUAUGGAUUUAGAAAAGAUCCUAUUUUGAAUAUUACUGCAUCUCCUAAAGUUGGCAGCCAUGAAAUAAAUCUUUCAGCUGUUGUAAAGAUGAUAGAACAAAGAUUAAUUCGAGCAUUCAAAAAAGCAAUUGUCAUGCCUCAUAUGGACGAUCUUAUCAUUCCACUCAUGUUUUCUUCAGCAUAUGAAGAAUGAAUUCUACUGCAUUAAGGAUUAAUGUUGCUUCAAAUGUUUGAAAUCGCUUUGCAUAAUGUGCCUUUGCUAAAUUAUUAAAAUAUAAGAGCUUUAUAGCUAUUGCUAAUACUCUUAAGGAUUUGUAAUUCUAGUUUUCAGGUUGCUUGCAGUUUGUGAUAAAUGAAAUGUAUGUUAAUUUAAUUUAAAAAUAUGACUGUGAUAUAAAUACAAUGAGUUAUUUAUGGUUCCUUGAAGAUGGUUGUGCAUUUUAAUGUUUUAUUAUACAUGUAUUAAUUUGUUAUUUUAUAGAUGAACUUGUUUGAUAUGCUUUUAGAUAAUGCAUGGUUGUAUUGACCAAAAAUUUAUAACAUACUCUUUUAUAUGUCUAUUAUAUUUUAUUUAUGCAAACAAUUAAAAUUUUAGCUAAAUUUGCAUUUCUUUUUUAAAACAUACUGUAAAUACUCACAGAAUGUUAAGUGUUUUUAUCAAAGCAUUUUAAAAUGGUGUGAAUAUAUUUUGGUAUUUUUUUCGUUGUAACUGCAUUGUAAAAACAGCUUGUCUUUAAAGGGCAACUUUUUUCCAGUGUUAUUGAACAGUAUUUUAUAAACUAUGAACAACUUGAUAAAUGUCUUCUACAGUGAAUUAAUCUCUCUUUCACUUUUUGGAUAUGCAAUUUAAUAAUGUGAUAUUUUGUCUUUAAAACCUAUUUGUUUUUAAAUUUAUGUGAUAUAGAGCAAUGCAUUUUGAAAAAUUAAAGUGUAUAACUGCAGAUACAAUUCAUAUGAAAAUUUAAAUGAGUGAAUAACAAUUUAUUGCACUAAAAUUUCUGAUAAAAAUCUUUUCCUUAAAAUGAAAUUAGGUUAUUUUAUAAAACCUAUUUGUUAGUUAUGUUUAUCUUUUCAUAGUAUUUAUAAAAUCAAGAUAAAUUUGCUUUCAGAGUUUUGUUCUUGGCUAUUUUGACAUAUAUGCUUUUUGAUACUUGAGCUUAUUGAAAAAGAUUGUGCAAUUUAUUUUUUGAGAGCUUUAUUGCUUGCAAAGAUUAACAUAUGCAAGUAUAGGAAUAUAAUGUUUAGAUCAGUAACUUUUAACUUUAAGCAGAUAAUAAUUUAAAUAUAUAAGCAUAAAUAAAGCAAAAUGUUUGCUUGUUUAAAUAAAAAUAUACUUUUGAAUACCUUAUUUAAUUUAACUUAUUAAAAAUAUUUACAAAUGUUAACAAAUUUUGUUAAAAGAUUAAAUUCUUUAAUAUUUUUUUUUCUCUGAAGAAAGUUUAUCCA